AUGGCUGAUGCAAACCGCAGCAAGGGCUCUGGGAGCUCCGACUCGGGUGUACGCAAGUUUACGCUUUCGUGUUCUCGAUGUAGGGCCUCUAAACUAAAAUGCGACCGCAAAGAACCUUGCAUGGAAUGCGUCAAGCGUAACAUUGGCCAUCUUUGCACCAAAGAUGAGCGUCAACCGAGAGCCAAACGGUCCAAAACCGAGCACAGAGACAAGAUCGCCUCCAAGAAUGAUCCUCCAAAAGGAGACGGUGAAGCCGAAGCAGAGGAGACAGCACAACUCUUGGAGCAUUUCGUCGAAGGAGCUCCUCGUCCAAAUGCCUAUCUACCCGCUGCCUUGGGCCCAUCACCAUCAUCCGUCGCGCCAGACUUUCCGCAUCACUAUUGGUCGAGUAGUGACCCCAAGCGACACAGUGACAAACUCACCUUGAUCCGAGAGAUCGUCGACGCGUUGCCGGAGCUAGAGAUGAUCCAUGUUCUUUUUGAAGUCUUUGUCACUCGUUGCCAGGGUGCCUUGGGGAAUGUGGUUCACACCCUGACAUUCAUGAAGCAAGCAGAACAGUUCCGCAACUGCUUGAGUCUUGCUUCACCAGAUUCGCGGGUCUUGGCGAUAUCCAGGACGAUCUCUAUGGAUACACUGGCCGGCUACCUCUUAGCGCUCGUGCUUGGUCUCGCUUUUCAUCCUACACCGUCUAUACUCGGGUGGACUCCUACGCCCUUGACUCUACGUGUGGAGGAGCUUCGAGCGUCCCAUGUGCACUCCAAGACAUGGAGAUCGCUGAGCUUGCGCUGUGUCCAGGACGGACCGUCUCUCUUUUGUGGCUCCAUCGCCGGGUUACAGGCCGCAGUUAUGCUUUUGCUUGAUGGCCAGGAGGACGUGUUGGUUCUGGACGCUGUUCUGGUCACUGCGAUUUCUGGAGCCCGCAAACUCGGCCUGCACCGGUUAGGUGACAUCAAGUUGGACGCCUCUGCAUCACACUCUGUACCCUUGGACAAUCGCACGUCAGCAGCGGCGGAACAGCCGCAUAUUCGAACAGAAAUAGGCAUUCGCAUUUGGUGGGCACUCGUACAACGGGAUUGGUCGCGCGGACAAGCCCUCGGCUACUAUACCGUUCAUCCGUCGCAUUUCAACACUCGGAUGCCGUUGCACAUCAACGAUGAUGACCUCUGUCUGUCGACGUGGAGGUUGAGUGUCAAUGGCGAAGUCACGGAGCGCCCUCGGUCGGAGUUCACCAUGCUGUCAUAUACUGUCCAUGCCCUCGAACUUACCACCAUAGUGCGCGAAUCUAUUCAUCUACGGGGAUCUCUAACUCAGGGGCCCGAUGCGGCCACUGAAUCAGCCAAGUUGCGCCGACAUCUCAACAACAAGUACGAAAAGUACGUUGCUGGUCUGCCGUCAUAUUUUCGCUUGGGAAGCACGGUAGGACUCACAGCCACCGGUCCAAUGGCAGCGGUCCCCGUGCAACGGUGGAUGUUGCACCAGCAACUGUGGAGUUUAGUCCUUCGACUGUAUCGAGCCAAUCUCGCCUCUCCGAUUGGCCGUGCUUCCUGUCAGCUUCUGGCCCAAAAUAUCAUCAGCAGCCAGGCUCAGAUCCAGGCACGGUGCGCUGUUUGUGGCACGCUGUCGACCGGCGAGAUCCAGCUAUUCAACGCGGCCGUCGUGUUGCUCAUUGACCUGCUCUUCACAUUCAAGCAAGCAGAUGCGGAUAGUGCAAGUGCACAGCUCAGCCGGUUAAUGACUCGCGACAAGAUCAGGGAAGCGAUUGAACUACUACGGACCAAGAGCAUCACAGAAGGGUCAUCGCUUCACGGCCUGCACUCGGAGCAUGUCAAAGGAUCUGCUCAGCGCAGCGUCGUUGCUCUGGAAGCGUUGAUGAAGCUGGAGGAAGAUGACUCUGAUCACGCCAGUAAUCAGGGUAAUGCCACUGGAAAUUGUCCAGGAGCACAGUCGGCCGGGUCGGCGCAUACUGCUCAAAACUCGCUAAGACUUAAGGUUGCUGAUAUUCUCAGGACCUUGAGCGGAACGGCCGACCCUGCGACCGCACCCGUGCAAGAGCAGCAGGCACCCUUUGAUGCGUUAUCGCCGUUUGAUAUGUCGGUGCCUUCUGCCAAUGUUGCUGACGUGUUCCCUGACUUGGAUGUUCUGCCGAUCCUCUCCAACGGCCUGAGCCCGAACUUCUGGGAGUUCUUGGACUUUCCCCUGCCACCACCUGAUUUCCACGCAAAAGAGGUCUCGUUUGGGGACCUGCAUGUCCCCACUGGACUGGGCAGUUCUCGAUUUACCGAUUCGUAUAGUAGUACUCCUGGCACCCGUAUGAGCCAUACAUCUCCUUCCUCUCUGCAGAGUGAACCUAUUGGGCUGGGGGCAGAGAGUGACUCUGCCACCACCCCUUCUAGCGCUGCUGAUGCCUACAUUGCCGCCAAGUUUUAUUAUGCGAUGGGCGGUGGGUCCCUGGCUAAUGUAGACCAGCGUGCAUUUGCUUAA